AUGGCUGCCGCAACCAUGGUCUUCCUACCAUGCUGGGGAUCCGGUCACUUCAUGUCCAUGAUCGCUGCCGGCAAGCGGAUGCUCGACGCCAGCGGUGGUGCCCUCUCCCUGACCGUGCUAGUCAUGCAGGCCCCGACGCCAGCCAAGGCGUCCGAGGUCGAGGACCACGUGCGCCGUGAGUCGUCGUCUGGCCUUGACAUCCGCUUCCUGAAUCUCCCCGCCGUGGAGCCGCCGACCGACUGCGUGGCCCCCGAGGAGUUCAACUUCAGGUACAUCCAGCUCCAGGCGCCCCAAGUCGAGGAGGCCAUAGCCGGGCUACCGUCCCCGGUGGCCGCCAUCGUCUUCGAUCUCUUCUGUACGCCCCUGCUCGACGUGGCCGGCGAGCUCGCCGUGCCCCGGUAUGCGUACUUCGCCUCCACGGGCGCGUUCCUCGCGCUCAUGCUGCGCCUGCCGCUGCCGGGAAUCCGUGAGGACCUCAUCGUCAGGAUCAAGCAGGCAGAAGGCACGGUGGACGUGCCGGGGCUGCCGCCGGUGCCGGUGUCCUACAUGCCGGCGUGCCUGUCGGGCAGUAAGAUCGGCAACUACGAGUGGUUCGAGUACUACGCGCGCCGCCUCAUGGACACCAGCGGCAUCAUCAUCAACUCCUCGGUCGAGCUGGAGCCUGGGGUUCUCGCCGCUAUCUCGGACGGCCACUGCGUGCCGGGCCGCCCGGCUCCGACCGUCUACGCCAUCGGCCCGGUGAUCUGGUUCGCCGCCGCGGCGCCUGAGCAGCAGUCGCACGCGUGCGUCCAGUGGCUCGACACGCAGCCGUCGGCCUCAGUCGUGUUCCUCUGCUUCGGAAGCAACGGGGUCCUCGACGUAGCGCAGGUCAGGGAAGUCGCCGCUGGCCUGGAGCGCGGCGGCCACCGCUUCCUUUGGGUGCUGCGGGGCGCGCCGGCCGCCGGCUCGCGCCACCCGACGGACGCCGAUCUGGACACGGUGCUCCCCACCGGGUUCCUGACGCGGACCCGGGGGCGCGGGCUUGUGUGGCCUGCCUGGGCGCCGCAGAAGGAGAUCCUGGCCCACCCGGCCGUCGGCGGCUUCGUGACCCACUGCGGGUGGAACUCCAUCCUGGAGAGCCUGUGGUUCGGUGUGCCGAUGGUGCCGUGGCCGCUCUACUCGGAGCAGCACCUGAACGCGUUCGAGCUCGCCAGGGACAUGGGCGUCGCCGUCCACCUCAAGAAUAUGGACGUCACCAAGGCGGACUUGCUUGUGGAGGCAGCCGAGCUGGAGGCGGCGGUGCGGGGCCUGAUGGGCGGGACAGAAGGGGGCAGGAAGGUCAAGGAGAAGGCCGCGGACAUGAAGGACGCGUGCCGGAAUGCCGUGGUGGAGGGCGGGUCAUCGUACGUUGCGCUUCGGCAGCUCAUGCGCGGUCUCUGCCCCGGCGGUGGGGCACCGUCGCCGUGA